CAAGUCAAUUCAUCUCGCGCGCUCUCGGAGCUGCACGAGACAAGCCGCUGCCUUCUCAGCUUUUAUACAUGUAACAUUAUUUAUUGUUUUUUUAUUCAUUUUAACUCGACUGUGCGGGCACGGCAGAAACCCUGGGUCCACUCCGGGUCAGUCCACAACAAGACAUGGACCAAUUAUCCAACAAGUCAGGAGUGGGCAGCGAUGACAUUACAGAUGAAACCACCUCCAUGGCGGACACCGGCUGGAGCACCGAUGAAGAAAACAGCUCGGAUUUUCAGGGAAUGUGUCUGGCAGCGCCUCAAGCUCCUCAGCCGUACUACAAACUGCGACUUGAUGAGUUCAGGAAAUUGUUCAAGGAAGUGCCCAGUUCAGAAAGACUCAUAGUGGAUUACACGUGCGCCCUCCAGCGGGACAUACUCCUCCAGGGACGCCUCUACCUGUCGGAGAACUGGGUCUGUUUCUACAGCAAUGUGUUUCGGGGUACGAAGAUCAUGCUGAUUCUCGGAGACGUCAGAGCGAUGACCAGAGAGAAAACGGCUCGCCUCAUUCCGAAUGCCAUCCAGAUUUCCACAGAAGCGGAAAAGUUUUUCUUCACCUCCUUCUCAGCGAGAGAGAAAAGUUACCAGGGAAUUUUCCGCAUGUGGCAAAACACACUGAUGCAGAAGCCGCUGACCAGCAGUGAGUUCUGGCUGAUGGUUAGGCAGCAUUAUGGGAAUGAUUUGGGCCUAAGCCAUGAGGAGAUGGAGAGCUUACAGAUGUCGUCUGAAUCAAACAUGCAGACCAGCCUGACCGCAAAGCUGGGCGGUGAGGACAAUCAGGGGAGAAUGGAGCGGCCCCCCUCCCUUCGCAUCACCGCGGCGGAGUACGCACCUGUAGAGACCUCCACGCCUCAGCGGGAAGAAUCGCCCUCUCCGAUUGGCUCGCUCUUCCCAGGGGAUGAUUCUCGCAGCAGCCCAUCCAUGCGCCGCAGCCCCGUUCCUUCACUGGACCGCUUCGCCUCGGAGCGCGGCUCCAAGCGCUCCGUUCAGUCUCUUGACCUCAACGCCAACGAGAACGGCGUCUCCGAGCAGAGCGGCUCAGAAAGCAUUGAAGACGUGGAGGAGCGCGGCGAUGUUUCCCACCAGGCAUCAGGUCGACUGUAUCUAAACAAAGUUUUCCACAUCGGCGCAAACAAAAUGUUUGAGCUGCUCUUCACCGACUCCAGCUUCAUCCGCAGGUUUAUGAACGUCCGUAAGAUGACGAAUUCCAGCUUCACCGCCUGGCAGAAAGACGCCUCUGGAAACAUGAAGCGAAGUCUGAACUACACAAUAACCAUCACCAACCCUUUGAUUGGGAAGUUCUCCGCCGCGACGGAGAACCAGACGCUGUACAAAGAAUCCAGGGAUGGUCAAUAUUACCUGGUGGACUCGGAGGUGUACACUCAUGACGUCCCCUAUCACGAUUACUUCUACACCCAAAACCGGUACUGCAUCAUGAGCAACUCCAAGCGGAAAUGCAGACUAAGGGUGUACACCGACGUGAAGUACAAGAAGCAGCCGUGGGGCCUGGUCAAGUCUUUCAUCACCAAAAACUCGUGGAGUGGCAUAGAGGAGUAUUUCAAACAGCUUGAGGCAGAGCUGCUGGAGGAGGAGGCAGAGAUCAACCAGGGAGGCGGAGACGCGGGGAAGAUGGGCGGGCUGCGAAGGCGGCGGAGGGCGUACAGCCGCACGAUGCCGGAGCACAUAAAGCCCAACAAGCAGUUUGGACAAGACUCUGAACCUCACCGGGAUGUCAGCACAGACCAAGUGGAACUGAAGGGCCCAUACAGGUGGAACAUCACUACCAUCGUGGCUGCCAUGACUGUGAUCCUGCUGAUUCUGACACUGCUGAAUCUGGGCUUGUUUGUCAAGCUGUGGGCCAUGGAGGAUGUUGCCCACCGCAUGUACCUGAGCACGAAGCACCGUCUGAGAGAGAGGACCGAGGCCAGCUUUGGUCCCAAGCCAAUACCGGGGAUCAGGACCAGAGAGGAGAUGCAUAUGUUAAAAACUGUCCUGCAGGACUCCAUCAACCUUCUAGAACAGCUCCGCAAGUCUCUGAUGGCGCUGCAGCACAACUUCGCUUUGGCCAAUCAAACCGCAGCGCCCCAAUGAUGCAACUAUGCCUGGCAACCACAGAAACCCCGGUCCCAUGGAGAAACGAGGGCUGCGGUGAAGAGCCAUGUGAAUGUCCCCAGGGUUCGCUCGUCUUAAAGCUCGGGGUGAGGCUGUUGGGUGCCAGUUUGUUUUUAAAGCUGUAGACUGACUACUGUGAGGACAGAAUAAGACCCUCAUGCAGCAUUUAGGGUUUAAAUGGCAGCUGCCACAGCUGGAUCUUUCCUAAAUGUCAUGUUUUGAAAAACAUAUUCUGAUAUAUUAAUAUAUUUUAAAGCGCCUAGUGCCACAAAAUGAACUUGUGUGAAUAUAUCUGUGCAGUGGAACUAAUUUCUCACUAUAUUUUUGCACAAGUCUUGUGAAUGAUUCAGAAUUUCAGGGAUCCUUUUUAUAGAACUUUUUUUUUUUCAAUAAAUAAACUUAAAGCAUUGUACAUUUAAGUGUGUGAACUCAUCAUAAAUCAUUAAGCUGCAGUAGUUCUGGCACACAGAAGAUCCUGAGCCUUCAGCGUAAACCACUCGCGUGCUUGCAGUGAAUUUCGGUUUCCUCCUGAGCUGCAAGUGAAUCAGGUCAAACAUCAAUAUGGCUGAAUAUCCUCUAAAAUCACAAUUUGGUUGUUUUUUUUAACAAAUUUUCUUGCACUGAGCCACGUUAACAAAUGUACAAACUAAUCGGAGUUGAAAUGCUUUACAUGGUGGGGAUGUUGUUUCACUGGAAAACGCAGGGCCAUUACUGUCCUCAACACUAGAUGUGUGUUUGAUCUCAUAGUCUGUAUUAGUUUUCUUAGGCCUCGUUUGAUGUUUACAAAAUGUUGCUUGAAUUUGAGACAAAAAUGCACAUUUUCUUGAGCUUUACCUCACUUUGUGUACAUAGUAAAUGAAGUCUGUGAACUGGACCAUGUUUCUUUCUGAUUGCUGUUUUGUACAAUGUAAUAUUUUUAAGAUGUUUUAAUAAACUAUGUAUUUCUA